AUGGAGCCACAUUACUCACGCUCGUGGACUAAUCAGAAUACCAAUGGCGCUCCCUAUGAGCUGCCUCCGGUGCAGUCCGUUACUUCCUCGAUGCCAUUUCAGCCAGGCCCGCAGCCGAGUGCUUUUCUUUCCACUCAAUCAGCAAGGCCCAGCGGCGGGUUGCCGAUGUCCCACAUCCUACAGCCGCCCCCUGCACCAACAUCUACGGCGAAAUACUCGCCAUAUGAUUCUAGCGUCUCUCCAUCGGAAGCGGGCGCCGCAACUUUCCAGGAUGCAUCUGCUAAUGGCUCCGGGGUGAGCGCAGGUGGAAUUUUCCGGCACGGAGGCGGGCUAGCGCAACAUCAGCAGCCAUUACAGCAGAAGAGGGCGUACCGUCAACGAAGGAAGGACCCUAGCUGCGAUGCCUGCCGGGAGCGCAAGGUCAAGUGCGAUGCCUCCGAGUCUGCUAGUUGUACGGAAUGUACAAACCGCAAGGUUCGAUGCCAAUUCACUAAAGAAACCAACAGACGCAUGUCCUCUAUCAAACCGCCGCGUCGGCCAAAGGCUCCUGUUUCACAAGAUCUCUCCAAUGCUAGGGCUAAUCUACGGCGCUAUGGAAGGGGAAUCUGGAAAGUCCCCACGCCAUAUCGCCAGUCGGACUCCAUAUCCCUGUUGACAGCAGACCCUCCCCCCCUUCCGCCGCAAGACGUUGCCCACCACCUUCUCGCUCAGUAUCAUGCCCAUAUUCAUACCACCUUCCCUGUGAUUCACUGGCCAACGUUUAUGAAAGAAUACGAGGAGGUGUACCGUCGCGGGUCACUCAUAGGAGUUCCUCGCGAGUGGGCAGCUGUUUUGUUCAGUGUAUUCGCCCUUGGUUCCUUACAUACUUCAGACCCGAACCGUGAAGAGAAGGGCAAAGAGAUCAUGGCCUUGGAAAUGGGCAAACCAGUACUGAUCAACGACCAAGACUGCGAUACCGACCUACCCUGCACUGUUGACGAGCAAUUCAUCUCUGAAGGAGGCUGUGUACCGGAGAACCAACAAACUACGCCGUUGCUAGCGACGAUCCACGUUGUGCGAUCAAUCGGCCAGUUGACUCGUAUUUUGCGAAGCACGGCAAUUGGUACAGCAAGUCUCCAGACCUUCGAACGGCAUUUCACCACCUGUUUAUCCAUCUUCCCGGAGCAAUAUCAGCCUAACUCUGAUCAAUACAUCGAGCCACGAACCCUAGCCCCAAUCAUCUACCUCCAAAACGCGCGCCUCAUGCUUCAUCGCCACAAUAUUUCACCAUUCUGUCCUCCUGAUGUGCGUUCAUCGGCGUUGGAUUAUUGUGCCUCCGUUUGCCAAGAUACCGCACGGCUCCUGUCGCGAUGUAUGCGACCGUCCCCUAUCACGGGCAACAGGGAUUGGCGUGCGCUGCUGGCGGUGUCGGGGUCCGCGAUGCUGUGCGCCCAUCUGUGGCGCUGCAUACUCUUAUUACUCUUUCGCCAGGAGUACGAAGCUGCAUUGAUAUGUGUUCAAGCUAGCUCUGCUAUGAGGGAUUCGCGUGCCAUCAAUGCUGCAUGCGGGCGGAACAUUGUGUUUUUCCUGAAAUGCCUUCUUGGCCGAUUGCACCGUUCUGGCCCCGUGGAACUGGAUGGGGACGAGGAAAUGAUGGCGUAUGUGUCCGGUGAUAUGCAGGGUACCAGCAAUGGAAGCUGGGUUUGGGAAAGCAGUGAGACUGGGUCUCAAUUAGAGAUGGCUUCUCCACAAAACAGCGCAGCGCAACCCAGUCUUGAGGAUAGCAAGCUAUCGCAAGAGCCGAAUGGGUGGGAAGGCUGGGAUUGGAUUGAACAGACGGUACAAUAUCUUCUCGCCGAAAAGGAGCAGCGACAGCAAAAAGAAGCACAGAGCCUAAGACUGCCGACAGAGCCGUCGUAUCGCGGCAGCGAAUCUGCGACUGGAAGUCCUGACUCUGCGCCAAACCAAUCGACUUCAUCACAUUCGCGCAUGACGAUAGCGAGUAUUAUAUAA